AUGCAGACACCUCAACAUGAAAAUCUGCAAAUGAGUAAUAAUGCAAUUUUGCAGUUGCCGGGAUGCAAAGAGAGGCCAAUUACCGCAACACCAAUGCAGAACAGAGAAGAUGACAUGCUCAUUCACCUUAUGUGCUCAAAAUUGCAGGGGUACCCAAAAGCAGUAAUGGAAACCUUACCCCGAAAUUGCCGAGAGGGAAUAGCAGACUACUGUGUGGAAUUGGAGGAGCUAACUCGCAGAGUCUAUCCAGACGCAAGCGAUAAAGAGCUGUCUACGAUUCGAGCAGUAGAACUCAUAACACAACUCACAGAAUGGAAAGAAUACACACAACUCUCCAGCGCAUUAGAGCAGUCGAAAUAG